AUGAAGUUCUCAGCUGCCCUCCUGCCCUUGCUGGCCGCCCCCAUGGUCGCAAGCGAGCAUACCUCGAAUUGGGCAGUGUUGGUUUCUACAUCACGGUUCUGGUUCAAUUAUCGACAUCUGGCCAAUGUGCUCUCUCUCUACCGUACCGUCAAGCGCCUGGGCAUUCCGGAUUCCCAAAUUAUCCUCAUGUUGCCAGAUGACAUGGCGUGUAACCCUCGCAAUGCAUUUCCGGGAACCGUCUACAACAAUGCUGAUCGUGCGCUGGAUCUGUAUGGCGACAAUAUAGAGGUCGACUAUCGGGGUUACGAGGUGACGGUGGAGAACUUUAUUAGAUUGAUGACGGACCGUGUGGGCGAGGACAUGCCACGGUCUAAGAGGUUGAUGACAGAUGAGCGGAGUAACAUCUUGGUGUACAUGACUGGGCACGGAGGAAAUGAGUUCCUCAAGUUUCAAGAUGCAGAGGAAAUCAGUGCCUUUGAUCUAGCAGAUGCAUUUGGGCAGAUGUGGGAGAAGAAAAGAUACCACGAAAUGCUCUUCAUGAUCGACACCUGCCAAGCAAACACCAUGUAUUCUAAAUUCUACUCCCCCAACAUCCUCGCCACCGGCUCUUCUGAAAUCGACCAAUCCUCCUACUCUCACCACGCAGACAACGACGUCGGCGUCGCUGUCAUCGACCGCUACACAUACUACAACCUCGAGUUCCUCGAAACCCAGGUCCGCGACCCAACCUCAAAACUCACAAUGGGCGAUCUCUUCGACAGCUACGACGAGGAGAAGAUCCACAGCCACCCCGGCAUACGAUACGACCUGUUUGAAGGCGGAGAGCACGCCGCGCGCAACAGAAAAGUCAUGGAUUUCUUUGGAAAUGUGCAGAAUGUGGAGGUCGAGGCAAGCAAGAGGAAUGAGACGGAGUGGAUGGAGGAUCUGAGAGCGAUUGAGAAGAUGAUUGCCGAGGCGAAGAGCAGACAUAACGAGAGUCUGGGGGUGAAGCCGCAGACAGAGCAUGUUGUUGAAAAAGCUAGACCGAUGCUGAAUGUUAGGUCAGAGGGUGCGGUGCGGGUCGAUGAGGUGCAGGACUGGACGAAGCAGGCGUAUGGAGCUGCGGCCCUGUUGGGGUGCGCGGGGGUCUGGCUAGUAGGAAGCUGGCUGGAGUCUGUGUAA